AUGCACUUACCUGGCCCACCCACCCUCAAGACGACAAUUAUUCAAUUGAAUAAGGAUAUGGACCCCGAGGAUAAUAAUUACACCAUACUCACAAAUGAAUACGCAGAUGAUGAGCUGGCCUUGGGUUCAUCGGAAAUGGCCCAAAGUUCACUGAGUGAAAACCUUCCCAAGAAGAAACGUAGACGGUCCUCGUCGUUUGUUGAUGAUGAAGAGCUCGCACGUAGACGCACGGAAAACAAGCAACUACACUCGAUAAUCGAAAAGAGAAGACGCAUCAAGAUUAAUCGCGAAUUCGAGGCCCUCAAAUAUUUGAUUCCUGCUUGCAGAAAUACUGGCACCCAGAAGAAAGGAUUCCAGCCCACCACCAACAACGCCAACAAAAUCGAUGGGAUGUACAAGCUCACUAUCUUGAAGGUUUCGGUCGAGUAUAUCCUCUAUUUGCACCAUAUUGUUCAGAAGCAACACGAAUUGCUUUCCCGGAUCCCCAAUCUUGACUACGACUACGAUGUGAACUUCUCAAGAAUUCCGCUUGAUGUUAACAUGUAUCGGAACAUUGACCGUGACUUCAGCUUUGCCGAAUUGAGUGAUGAUCUUCCGACAGGCACACCUCACACGCAAUACGCAACGGGACCAAGAAUUCCUUCCAUCAAAGAGGACGAGGUGUUGAUGGAACAGACACCACAUAUCAUCAAACCAGGCUCGCAUCCUGAAUCAAUCAUGCUCAGCUCUCAGAGGCAGCUUCCCACGCCAGGGCUUACUCCUGACAUGGCUCCAAUUCUAGCAAUGCUUGGGAAGCACAACCCAGACGGCUCACGUCAACUCCUGCGCCAACCGCUGCUUACAUCCACACUGAUAGAUCCUUCCAAGCUCAAUUCACACGAGCUAGAGUCACUAAACAAGGCGUUUCUGUUCAGUUCUAGUGGGGCAAUCUCAGGGUUGACAUCAGCUGGGACGUCGCCUUUUUCACUUCCAAUCAAGUCUUCUGUCAGAAAAUCCAGCUUUAUUUUACCUGACCCAGCGCUUCCGAGUAAAUCCCCUUCAUCUUCACCCACAUCCGGGUCGGACUCACCUAAUCUAGGUGCUCCACCUCGCAAAAUGUAUUUCAAAAACAAGGUGCCGGCCACCAACAUGAUAGCGAAUGUGGGCCUUGGCGAAAACGAUCUUGAAGAGGAGAUGGACGAGGGGCUCAAGCUUGAAGAUGCUUCCAAAACGUUGCUUGCACUUCGCAAACCAUGCAUCGAAAGGCUACUCAAUUAA